GGAUGUCCCGUUCUCCAUUGUUUACUUCCCCCUGUUUGCAAACCUGAACAAGCUGGGCCAGCAGGACCCCAGCACCAAGGCUCCCUUCUACGUCUCCUUCCUGUCGGGGUGCGUGGGCGGCAGCGCCGUGGCCGUCAACCCCUGCGACGUGAUCAAAACGCGGCUGCAGUCCCUGCAGAGAGGAGUGAACGAGGACACCUACUCAGGGAUCCUGGACUGCACCAAGAAGAUCUGGCAGAAGGAGGGGCCCACGGCCUUCCUGAAAGGGGCGUACUGCCGCGCCCUGGUCAUCGCCCCGCUCUUCGGCAUCGCCCAGGUCGUCUACUUCCUCGGCAUCGCGGAGUUCCUGCUGGACAGGCUGCCCAAGCCCCGGGCCUAG